UUUUAGAUUCGCAGGGGAUUUACUCAGGGUAUGAACUCUUGUUCGGACGAUGGGAAUACCUGGGGCAGUUUAGUUUAGUAUAUAAACAUGGAUCAGCAAGGAAGAGGUAUCAUUACUUCGUGAGUACUACAACUGUGAUAUUGUAAAGUUUAACAGAUAAAAUGAAGUUCCUUUGUGUAUUAUUUGCGAUUGUGUGCGCAGUGGCAGCGCAAGAGUAUUAUGUGGAACUUGUUGAUGAUGGCUACCCAGAAUGGUACCUAGAACCUCAAAUGAGGGUACGCCGUGAUCUCACAGUAGACCAAAAAGUUGGGAAUAAUGGUAAAGUUUUUGGAACCGUUGGAGCCAAUGACGCCGGAUUAUUCGGUAAAGGAGGAUAUGAACAUCAGUUCUUCGAUGACAACAGAGGAAAGCUAACGGGUCAGGCAACUGGUACCCGGGUGCUGGGACCUCUGGGAGACUCCUCUCACUUCGGAGGAGGCUUGAACUGGGAAAACUCCAACGCUGCUGCAUCACUGGAUGUCAGCAAACAGAUUCAUGGACCCACUUCUUGGUCUGCGGCUGGUGGUGGAAAAUGGCCAGUUGGUAAGAACGGCGAUAUCUCACUCCAAGGCACAUACGAUCAAAUUUCUGGACGUCGGCCUGAUUACGGCGGCAGAGCCGUCUACAACUACAAUUUUUGAUUGUUUUGUAAUUAAGAAUAAAAGUAUUUAUUGAUUAA